AUGCCAAUCACUGGAGUCUUCUUCAUCCCAUCAAACCCCAACGCCUCCACGGCUUUCGCUACAGUUACAGAGCGUCUUCAUUCAUCAUUAGCCGAUGAACCCAUUCCUGUGGGCCGCUGGGCCCUAGAGCACAAGCUGAUGCGGGACACCCCAUCCUGCUUGCCUGCAUCUGCGUCCCAAUGUCCCACACAACCGAGGUACAUGCAGUUCCUCUCGCUGACCUAUUUUCCAAACCAUGGGUUCAUUUACACGUCUCCGCCACCAGAAAAGGUGCCUCGCACUCACCCUGGCGCUGGAACUCCCGGUACAGUAGCUCCAGGGGCACCGAGUCCCGCCUCUCCAACCCCAGUUCCACAACAGACCGCGACACCUACACAGGCCCCGGCACUGAACAGUCAGCAUCAUUCGUCAAUGGUCAUGACGACUGUUCCAUUGCCGGCGUGCAGUGCACUCUUUCAGCACUUUGUUUACGCCUGCCAACCGUUCUGGUGCCAUCGACACACCGUCACUGUUCCUGGUGGUGUCGUGUAUGAUGUUGGUGAUUUUCGGGUCCGAAUUGGUGAUGUACGACAGACGCAGCCGGCUGCAAGGGUCAGGGGUACUGUUGUAGAGAUAGAAUGGAAGGGGCCGUCUUUAGUGACGUCCAUCGCGUCGCUAUUUAGCCAGUCCAAGAAGGCGUUUGGCGGCCCUAGAGAUGGCGGCGUACCCGAUGAUGACAGUGACUCUGGGAUUGACAUGGCAUUUCCUGAGAGUCUUGAGGAGGCAGAUAUUGAUGCUGAGUAUGCUGCGACUGCAACAUUGAUUCGAGAGUUCUGGGCGCGCUUGGGCAUUCAAGGGGCGCGGGAAGCGAUUCUAGUACAGGAUAUCGGCAGGGAAUCCAAAGAGCAGUUGCGAAAGUUGAAGCAGCUAGGGGACCAGAAAGCGCGCCAACUAUCUACCAGUAUCGCGGGAAGCGGGCAGCAGGAUGAAGAUCCCGACCCGGAAGCUGGAGUUGACGUGGCGAGGCAAUUCAUGGAAAUUUUUAGAUUCAAUCGUUAA